AUGCAAUCAAUCACAAUUUUCUCUUGUUUGAUCCUUGGUGCGGCUGUUCUCUCAGUUAAUAUGCACCCCAAUGGAGAUGGUCAUAAUCAAAGACCACCAUUCGGCAAUGGUACAUUUUAUCCUAAUGAAACUUUUCCAUCUCAUAUGAAUGGCAGCGUUGAAGAUCAUGGUAAUAAACCCACAGGAAAUGGUACAUUUGUUCCAGGAAAUUUCACUGCACAUUCACCACCACCAUCACAUGGAACCGGAGGUAAUGGUGGUCAUCUACCAAGAGGAUCUGGUGGUCGCUCAAGAUCGUAG